AUGAUAAUAUUAAUGUUUUAAUUAAAAAACUUUGGAUUGAAAAAAAAAUUAAUUUAACAAGUAAACCAAUAUUAGAACAUAUUAGAAAGAUACCUGAAGACGAUGAAGAUUUUGUUAUUAAAGAAAGUUUUAUAGAUGAUGAUAAUAUUAUCAAUACUAAAAGAAGUGUAUUUGAUUAUAAUGUUGAAGAUUUAGUUGAUAAAUACACAUUAUAA